AUGAAGCCCCAUCACAUCCUCCUCUUCGCCGCGCCCCUGAGCCGCCUUGCCGCCGCCGCCGACGACGGCAACGCCCAGGUCCGCGUCUACACCGACGACACUCGCACCUACACCUACUACGGCUGCUACAAUGAAACCACCCUCACCCCAGGCUCCGCCGGCACGCGCGCCCUCGCCGACGGCACCAGCCUCGUCCAGGCCAACGCCAUGACCGUCCCUGCCUGCCUCAAGUUCUGUCACGACGGUGAUACCAAGUACCGCUACGCCGGCGUCGAAUGGUCCCGAGAGUGCUGGUGCGCGCAAAACAUUGCGGGCAUCGCGCAGAAGCUCGACGACGGCGAGUGCAACUUUCCCUGCGCGGGGAACAAGACGCAAGCAUGCGGAGGGCAGCUCAAGCUCAACGUGUACCGCAUAUCGGCGGCGGCGUCGCGCAAUUGGGCUGGCCAAGGCGUCGGUGCGGCCCUGGCGGCGCUGACGAGCAUGUACAUGGUGGUGCUCUUCUGA